UAAAAAGAGGAAGAAAGGGUCUAAUAUGGUGUGAUUCUAAUAAGUCAGUUAUAAAACCUCCAAAUCUCCCAGGGACUUCCCUUUAAUUAUUCUGAGUAAUGGAGAGUGAGAAACAAAAUACAUGUCAUCUUUGCAAUGUAAAAAAAGCUACAUACAAGUGAGCUUUAAAACUGUCUGGAAGAACUACAAUUUUUCUCUGCAUGGUCAUUUCCUGUUGUGUAUCUUCUGUCUCAGAAUGUUGUCAGAAGGGUAUCUUUGUGGAAUCCCCUAUUUUUGUGAUGACUUCUUGAGUUCCAAGCUCUACAGAAAGCGAGAAGCAGAAGACAAGGUGCAUGAGAUGAGUGCCAUGUGUGGCUUUACCUAUUCCUCCAUGGAUGAAACACAGGGCAGAAGUAUCUUUCAGAGGUGCAGGUCUGUGGGCAAGUUCUUUUCUUCAGUCCCUUCAAAAGGAAGCAAACACAAUGGAAGACAGAAAGAGACUUUACCGCAGGUUAUUCAGAGCCCAGAGUUUGAAAGGCAAACAUCUCCAGCUGGGAAUAUGGCUGGAGGAUCCACAAGUAGAGAUACCUAUCUGGUUCCUUCUUCCUGUAAAAGCAUUUGUAAGAAUUAUAAUGAUUUGCAUAUCGCUGGUGGCCAUGUUAUGCCUAUCAGCUCAGUAACAACAGAUUUUACCUGUGACAGUGGGAUAGGCCCAUUUUUGGAGUCAUCAGAGAUUCCUCCGCCUAUGGAAUCCAUGAUGCCACCCAAUGACCUCAUUUGCAAGCCUGUCCAAAGGUACUCGUCAUGCUGGCGAGUGACCAGCAUAAUGCAACACCAGCAGCCCCUCUCCAAUUCAAUACUGAAUGACUACCUAGAGCAGAAAGUGGUGGAGUUAUACAAACAGUAUAUCAUGGACAGCAUGGUCAACAGCGCAUCCCCCACUCAGAUCAUGGCCUCUGAGCUCAUUAUGACUAACGUAGACCAAAUCAGCAUGCAGAUAUCGCGGGAGAGGAAUAUGGAGACCACCAAGGCCAAAGACAUGGUCAUUAACUGCCUAUUACGACUUGCCAGUGGAAAAGUAUCUAGUGAAAUAAGUACCCCUAGUCUUCAUAUUUCGCAAUAAAGCAGCAUCAGUAUGUAGACUGGUGGCAUUAAGGUGGUCUGCAGCUAGAAAGCUUACAGGUUUUGUAAAUACAAAUGUUAGAUUCUCAGUUAUAGUACUCUUCUGGUAUUAUUGAAUUAACCCUGUUAUAACUAAGAGUAUUGUUAUUUGACCAAUUUCUGUUUGCCAAAGAGACAAGCUUUUCCAGCUACACAGAUCUGGUCCAGAGGUGAAGAAGAGCUCUGUGUAGCUUGAAAGCUUGGCUCUUUUACCAACACAAGUUGGUCCCAAAAAAGACAUUACCUCACACGUCUUGUCUCACUAAUAUCCUGGGACCCACAAGGCUACAACAACACUGCAAACAUUAUUGUUAUUUAUAAUUUGUAUAGUCAUUGCACCCAGAAGCCCCAGUCCUGCUAAGCUCUCCCUCCUGCUUGGAAUCCGCACUUCUAUCAUUUGUAGGGCCCUACCAAAUUCACAGUCCAUUUUGCUCAAUUUCAUGGUCAUAGGUUUUUAAAAAUAGUAAAUUUAAUUAUUUCAGCUAUAUAAUCUGAAAUUUCAGGGUGUUGUAAUUGUAGGGGUCCUGACCCAAAAAGGAGUUGUGGGGAGGUGACAAUGUUACUGCUACCCUUACUUCUGCGCUGCUGCUGGCGGUGGUGCUGCCUUCAGAGCUGGGCAGCCGGAGAGAGGUGGCUGCUGGCCAGGAUCUCAAGUGUGAAGGCAGAGCCACCGUCAGCACCAGUACAGAA